CGGCCGGCGAGGCAUGGCGGGCCGCGGGGCGCCCGGAGAGAAGCGCUGGCAGCUGGUGCGCUGGUACGUGCAGGAAGGGCGUUUCCGAAUCGAGGAGAGGACGCUGACAGCCUUCCAGUGGCUCUACAGCCCACAACACCAUCGCAUCCUCAGUCGUGCUGACCUUGAGUCUCCCUCCAGGAUCGACAAGACCAUGCUGGCAAGCCUGAAGGUCAAGAAGCAGGAGCUGGCCAACAGCUCAGAUGUGACUCUCCCAGACCGGUCGCUGUCCCCUCCUCUCACUGCGCCUCCCACCAUGAAGUCCGCGGAGUUCUUCGAAAUGCUGGAGAAAAUGCAGGGGAUCAAGCUUGAAGAGCAGAAGCCGGGACCCCCGAAGAACAAGGAUGACUAUAUCCCGUACCCCAGCAUUGACGAGAUUGUGGAGAAGGGAGGCCCGUACCCCCUGAUCGUCCUGCCCCAGUUUGGGGGCUAUUGGAUCGAGGACCCGGAGAAUGUGGGCACGCCGACCUCCCUGGGCAGCAGCAUCUGUGAGGAGGAGGAAGAGGACAGCCUCAGCCCCAGCACCUUUGGCUACAAGCUCGAGUGCAAGAGUGAAGCCAGGGCCUACCGCAGGCACUUCCUAGGGAAGGACCAUCUAAACUUUUACUGCACCGGGAGCAGUUUGGGGAACUUGCUCCUGUCCAUCAAGUGCGAGGAGGCGGAGGGCAUUGAGUACCUUCGGAUCAUUCUCAGGUCCAAAGUGAAGACAGUGCAUGAGCGGAUCCCCUUGGCGGGGCUGAGCAAGCUGCCCAGCAUCCCUCAGAUUGCAAAGGCUUUCUGUGAUGAUGCAGUGGGACUGAAAUUCAGCCCUGUCCUGUAUCCCAAGGCCUCCCAGAUGAUUGUGUCCUAUGAUGAACAUGAUGUCAAGAACACAUACAAAUUUGGGGUCAUUUAUCAAAAAGCCAGGCAGACCCUGGAGGAGGAGCUGUUUGGGAACAAUGAGGAGAGCCCAGCCUUCAGGGAGUUCUUGGAGCUGCUGGGGGACACGAUAACCCUGCAGGACUUCAAAGGUUUCCGAGGAGGCCUGGAUGUGACCCACGGACAGACGGGGGUGGAGUCAGUGUACACGAUAUUUCGGGACAGGGAGAUCAUGUUUCACGUCUCCACAAAGCUGCCCUUUACCGAGGGAGAUGCCCAGCAGCUCCAGAGAAAGAGACACAUUGGCAAUGACAUUGUGGCCAUCAUCUUCCAAGAGGAAAACACACCGUUUGUCCCAGAUAUGAUCGCCUCCAACUUUUUACAUGCCUACAUUGUGGUGCAGGCUGAGACUGCGGGCACAGAGACCCCCUCCUACAAGGUCUCAGUCACUGCGCGGGAAGACGUGCCUCCCUUCGGCCCAUCUCUGCCCAGCCCCCCUGUUUUCCAGAAGGGCCCGGAGUUCAGGGAGUUUCUGCUCACCAAGCUCACCAACGCGGAGUAUGCUUGCUGCAAGUCUGACAAGUUUUCAAAGCUGGAGGACCGGACGAGGGCUGCCCUCUUGGACAACCUUCACGAUGACCUCCAUGGGCACACACAGGCCAUGCUGGGUCUGGGCCCAGAAGAGGACAAGUUUGAGAAUGGGGGCCACGGGGGAUUCCUGGAGUCUUUUAAGAGGGCCAUCCGCGUGCGCAGCCACUCCAUGGAGACCAUGGUGAGCAGCCAGAAGAAGCCACACAGCGGGGGUCUCCCUGGCAGCCUCAGCGGGGGCAUCUCCCACAACAGCACGGAGGUCACCAAGACCACCUUCUCGCCUCCAGUGGCGGCGGCAGCGGCGGCUGCGGCGACCGCGAAGAACCAGUCGCGGAGCCCCAUCAAGCGGCGGUCAGGGCUCUUCCCCCGUCUGCACACAGGCUCGGAAGGCCAGGGGGACAGCCGGACUCGAUGUGACAGUGCAUCCAACAACCCCAAGGCUCUGGAUGGCGGGCACUCUUCUCAGGAGAUAAAGUCGGAGACCUCCUCCAAUCCCAGCUCCCCGGAAAUCUGCCCCAACAAGGAGAAGCCCUUCAUGAAGUUGAAGGAGAACGGCCGGGCCAACAUCUCCCGCUCCUCGUCCAGCACCAGCAGCUUCAGCAGCACAGCUGGGGAAGGCGAGGCCUUGGAGGAGUGUGACAGUGGGAGCAGCCAGCCGUCCACAACCUCGCCCUUCAAGCAGGAGGUGUUUUUCUACAGCCCGUCCCCCAGCAGCGAGAGCCCCAGCCUGGGGGCAGCCACCACGCCCAUCAUCAUGAGCCGGAGUCCUACAGAUGCCAAAAGCAGAAAUUCCCCGAGGUCAAACCUGAAAUUCCGCUUUGACAAGCUCAGCCACGCGAGCUCCAGUGCGGGUCACUAAUGAGAAGGAGGAGUCCUUCGCCUGUCAAAGGGAAGCCCCGAUUCUGUCUUGGACAAGGCUCCUAUCCUAGCAGUUUGGGGGUGCCAUUCACUACUAUGACCGUCACAGGCCUGUUGCUCCACCGGCCUUCUGCCCACCAGACCAGCUGUCUGUCCCAGUGUCCCGACCCGGCCACAGCCCUGCCCGCCCCUUCGCCAAGACGCCCUGCUGGCACCUCUCCGUCUCUGGACAAAGCCUCAUUCCUCUAGUCUCCCCUGCUCCUGACCCCUGACCUGCCGUGCGUCCGGGUCAUUUGUUAUCUUGUUUUUGUCUGUGGAGGCAAGUGUUGGGCGAGGGGGAAUCUGGGUACUGGGGACUUGGAGACCCAAGAGGCAGAGCGCGUGGGUGGGGACGUGGGCAGCGCAGGCCCUCGGCAGGGUUGCGCCUGGGCUGGGCAGCGCCGUGUCCUGGGCUGGGCGGGCACAGUGAGUGCGCUCUUGCCGGUGGAGGGAGCACUUUUCCAGGAGCCCACAUGUAGUCCCUCAAAGAUGUCCUGAUAGAAAUUGGCUCUGGUGCUCCCACAUCUGUGGAGCUCCCAACAUCUGCUCACUUCUGUGCUAGGAACUUCUCCCCCUCCUACUGACAGACGCCCAGGGCCGCCUUUGUCCCCUCUGCUGGCACGUCUUGAGCGCCAGGCCUGUGUGGGAGCGGGCGCCACGCCCUUCUUUCCGGCCUAAUUUCACACAGGCUCCUGAUGGCGGUUGCUGGGGGAGGAGCCCUGUGUCAGUCGCUCCCCUCUGAGCACAUGUUUUUCCCAGGAAGGGGAAGGCAGCCGGCACAGAGAAGGAAUUCGGAGAGAGAGCCAGGGAGUGCCCGGGCCUUGGCUGAGGAGAACCUCAGGCCUGAUGGCCGGCGAGGCCGGGACCAGGUCUCGGUGGGCUGUGGAGGUUCGCCGAGAGUCACCUCAACCCAGCUCCUAGGUGCCAGCAGAGGGGCGAUGUGGGGACGCCUUGCCAGGCGCCAGGCGUGGCCAGGCCGUCUGUGCGAGUAGAGCUGCGGUGCGGGGAAGGAGCGGCCUCCUCCUGCAUUUCAUGAGGGGAGCUCAGUGCUGCCUGGGGGCCCCUUCCAGCAACUGUGCCCUUGGGCUUUGUCCGGGCUGGAUCCCCCAGUCCCCCGUUGCCACCGCGGGCCUAUAGUGGCUGCCACAUUGGUGGCAUUCCUGCAACCCGGGGCCCCAGCCGGCACAGUUCAGAUACCACCCGCCGCCUGCCCCCUCAGCCAGAGACAGCCGCCCCGCUGGGAUGAGCGUGCUCUCUGACCUCCGAGGAGCAGAGAGGCCCUGUCCCGGCUUCUCACCACCUGCCCGCGCCUGCAGGUUUCUGCACCUGGCCCUGGCGGCAUUUCAGGCCUCCCGUCCUCCGGGUGAAAACAGAGUCUGAAGAGCAGACCCUCAGAGGGCCUGCGAUUUCAAGUGCGUAGGAGGCCUCCGGGACAUGGGGCUGCCAGGGUGACGCUGGCGGGGCUCCUGCUUUAAUCAGCAGAUGAUAAGGAUUUCCCACCACAUGCUUUAUUUGCAUCGGAUCUGGGUUUAUUCCCAAGUCAAGGCAUAUAAACAUUACCCUUGUUUUUGACCAAUGUGACCAACUUCCCUAUUGCUUUUCCAGUUAGAGCAAAGCCUCGAUCCUGGUCCCUCCACUCACGGGGACGUGGUGGGAUCCUGGCUGCCGGCUGGCAGACCUCUCCCCUCAUACUAUUUGGGAAAUGUGUUUGCUUAAAGCACUAGUCCAGUAGAAUGUAUUCUAGUUAGAAGGUCAACAAAUGUCUGUUUAGAAUUUAUGACAAAUCACCGUAACAGCUCCCACUGCUGGAAUGAGGCCCACGGAUGCUGGCAGUGCUCUGCUGGCUGAGUUUCUGAAGGAACUUGGAAGGUCAAACUGCAUUUCUUUAAAAACAAUUCCAGGGUUCUGGCUCGCUUCUCUGGAGAGCUGGUAUUUACAGCUGCUCGGUGGUUGUACUGUGUUGUGUCCUGGUCUGGGGGUCCUCUGGGGUUUCCAGGCGGUCCCUGCUCGGCCCUACUUGGGAACCUCAUACCCACCUUCCCCCGCUGCUCUGGCCGCUGCCCCCCACCCUCCCCACAGCCCCCACCUGCUGGGAGGGCUUUGCUCCUGCCUCCCAGUGGGUGCUGGUAGCUGGGUGUGUCCGGGAGCUGAGAGGUGCAGGUCUGCCCUGAGCAUCACAGACCUGAGCUGUGGCGCCUGCCUUCUGUUUGCUGAUGGGGAUGCCCUGGGAAUGGUCUGAUAUGCCCCUUCCUCUGUGUCCUGUGUCACCAUCUCUAGACAGUCCAUCCUGUGGCUUCCAGAAUGUACAUGCCCACCCCUGCUGAGGUCCUGGGGCUGAGGGGGAAGGGAGAACUGGGGCCUGGCCGUCUCUGCUCCCAGCGCGGGGCCUGCGCACGGCCUUCGCCACAGCCCCCCUGCCUCUGCUCUGGCCCCAGUGUCUUUCCUUUUAUUGCUGCGCCCAGCCUUGGGGCUCGGACAUUUGCUGAAGCCUCCUCGGUCCUUGCGACCAGCUCAUCCUGACGGUGCUCACACUGGCAUUUGAGGCCUGUGUGUGACCCCUGUACACACACCUGGCUCCGGGAACUGUCUGACUCACGGAGAAAACUAUGCUUGCCAGGCUCCGUGGGGCACCCCUGCCCCUCUGCUCAGAUGAUGCUUAGCCACAGACGCAGAAGGAGCCUGAGAUAGGUGUCUGUCAUGAACGAAGAAUAGUGUUUCUUGAAAAAUAUUCCGUAGUUCAGCCUUGUCAGUAUCAUCUUGCUGUCCAUGCCUCCUGGGCUUCUUGAAGCAUCUGAUCCAAUGAUGUCAUCUUCCAGAAGAGAAACCUCAGCUCCAGUGCGGGGAAAGAGAACUUGCUGGAGGUCUCAUAAAUAACCGGCUGGUGGCAAAGCUGGGGUUAGAACACACAGUCCAGGGCCCUUUCUUUGGCACUGCCUACAUGGCUGGUUCAACAAGUGGCCGCAUUUCCCGGGGCCCUGGCUGAGAGGUGUCCGCCGUCGGGGUGCAGGUGGGGCCUCAGACUCUGCUCCUUCCAUCGGGAGGGAUGCUGGGCUUUUCAGUGAGGGCCCUGGGGUUUUGGACGCAGCUUGGGCAAAGAAAGCGAGGAGGGAAAGAGAUUUCAGUGGCUUGUUCCUGGGUGACAUCGAUUCUUCAACUCUGGUGUGUAAGGCGGGGGUGGAGGCCAGGGCAUAGAGGCAGUUAUCCAGCCCUCAGUUUCCCCCUUUUAAGUUGAGUGUAAAUGAGAAGUCUUUGAUUCUCCCUGAUCCUUAAACAAAGAUGGUUAGUAAAAAUGUAGACUCAAGUGGCGAGGCGGGACGAGAGCCUGUUUCAGUGUCAGUUUCUUACCCUGACCGUUUGAGGUGCCAACGCAAACACUACCUUCUUCAUUCCAUUGCGAGGCAACAGAGAUAGGUCUGUUGUCAGGGCACGGCUGGGGUCCAUGCAGACCUUACGGCUGCAGGUGGCUGGCAGGGACCCGGCCACUCAGCUGUACUCAGGACUCCGCGGCUGCUCCCCCAGCCUGUAGCUGGCCCUUUCUGAAAGGCUGGAGGUGGGGGCAGGGGAGUUCGCCGAGGCUAUCCCCGCAGCCUGCUGGGGGCGGGCAUUCCCCUACAAGCUCUGAUCUCCGUUUUACCACUAGCUCCUUGUCCCCCCGCCCCCCAACUCCACAUAUCCCUCCUUUUAGCUGGGCCACGUGCCCCUUUGUGGGGAAGGAGACAACCCCCACUAGGGCCAAGGACAGGGGAGUCCUGCCUGGGGCGAGGCUGCUGGGGCGGUGGCUUUGUUCUGUGCCUUGCCUGCCCUGGGGAGAGGGUGCUAGCUGGAAGACUGGAAUUUAAAUGCCAUUGUCUUUGAUUCUAUGACAUUUCCACUUGGAAGGGUCAGUGCCCCCCACCCCCCACCCCGCUCCUUAGCAUGUGUGCCAACUCUCCCCUGUGAUGCGUUCCCCGUCCCCACUGCAGCCUGGGGAAUGCUGGCGUGGACGUGUGCUGAGAUCCCUCUGUGUGACAGAACCUAAGAGCUGUAGCUUGGAGAUGAUGAUCCACGUGGUGACGACUUUUCUUUCUUUUCUCUUUGCGGGGGGGUGGUUUGUAGACUCUGAAUGCCUAUGUGAUGUAAAUAGUGUACAUUUAAUUUAUUGCUAUGGUAGCACAUUGUAUUUGUUAAUGUAUAAAACAAAUUCUAAAAGGUUGACAAAUGUAUAUUUUGUUGCUUAAAUGUG